UCCAAUGCAAGUACUGAAAUCAACUCAGUUCAUGGCAGUGAAAUUGAAGAAUUGGAUGACCAGGUAGAUGAAAAUGUCAACGAAGUAUCGGCUCAUGAAUCUCGAGUUUUUAUCGGCAAAGAUUUGCAAACACAGUGACAAAAAAAUCCACCGAACAUAAGAGGAAAAACUAAGAGACAUAAUGUCGUCAUGAAUACUCCAGGCGUUACGAGUGUUGCAAAAAAUGCUAAGACUAUUUUAGAAUGUUGGCAACUUUUCUUUCCUGACGAAUUACUGCAGGAAAUCGUAAUGUGCACCAAUAUUUGUUUUGAAAAACUGACACAUUCAUAUCAACGUGCUAGAGAUAAGCGUCCAACAAAUUUGGAAGAGCUGAAAGCUCUUAUGGGCUUACAUCGGGGUAAAAAAAGCAAAUCACUUGAAUUUGGAAGAAUUAUGGUCCUCAGAUGGAACAGCGCCGAAUUGUUUUCGGGCUGUUAUGAGCAUAAAACGGUUUUAUUCACUGUUGAAUGCCAUGCGAUUUGAUGAUGUCAACUCGAGAAAAGAUCGGAAAUUAUUGGAUAACUUGGCUCCGAUAAGAAAAGUUUUCGAAGAUUUCAACGCUACUUGUAAAAAAUGUUUCACACCAGGCGAAUUUCUAACAGUAGAUGAAAUGUUACAAGGCUUCCGGGGUCGCUGUAAAUUUCGUCAAUACAUUGCCAAUAAGCCAGCUAAAUAUGGCAUCAAAAUAUGUGCAUUAGUUGAUGCUAAUAAUUAUUACGUGCAAAAUAUGGAGAUCUACGCGGGUAAGCAGCCACCCGGACCGUUCGAAUCCUCAAACAAGCCUUACGACAUUGUAAAGAGAAUCUCAGCUCCGAUUUUGAACACUGGCCGCAAUUUGACGAUGGACAACUAUUUUACUUCAAUGCCGUUAGCUUUGGACCUUUUACAGAAUCACAAAACCACCAUUGUGGGCACUCUGAGGAAAUAUAAAAAAGAAAUACCGCCCUUAUUUCUUUCUACCAAAGAACGACCGGAAAGUAGUAGCCUUUUUGGUUUCACUAACGAGUGUAUUCUCGUAUCUUACGUUCCUAAAAAGUCCAAAAAUGUACUUUUGUUAUCCACUCUGCACAAUUCUGCAAAUAUUGAUGAAGAAUCGGGAUCAAAAAAGAAACCGACGACCAUUACUUUUUACAACAAAACUAAAGCAGGGGUUGACGUUGCUGAUGAGUUACAAGGUACUUAUUCGGUAGCAAGAGUAACCAAACGCUGGCCAAUUGUGAUUUUUUAUGCUAUGAUGAAUAUAGCAGGAAUAAAUUCUCAAAUAAUUUGUACGGAAAAUACAAGUAUCAAAAUCAGUCGGCGACAAUAUUUGAAAGAUUUAUCCUUGAGUCUCACGGUACCUUACAUGAAAAUACGUUAUAUGGAGCCGUCACUGAGUUCGGAAUUGUGUUGCACGAUAAAGAAAAUUGCUAAAAUUUCAAUAAAAGACGUCUCAUGUAGUCGGGUUACCAAUGAAUUUUGUUUUUUCUGCCCAAGAAGAUCAAAUAAAAAGACUAAAAAGCAGUGUACUCUUUGCUGUACACCAGUAUGCCCGAGUCAUACUGAGUAUUAUUGUAUUACGUGUCACAAUAAAGUAUCUCGUAAUGUUGAAGACGACAAAAAUAAUAAUUUUCGAGUCGAUGAUUAAAAAAAAAACAAAGAUGUAAGAAAAAUAUCCAAAGAUACGGACUGAUAUUGUGAUAAUUUAUCUUAUAUAACUUUUAUUCAAUUCUAAGGAAAAAAGAAGUAUUAUGCAACAAUACUGUGAUGUUAAUAAUG